UACUUCACCGACAGCUGAUCGACAAACCGAGAUAGCGUCGCGUCGUUCCUGACCACUCGCCACACGAUAUGCUUUAUCUUUUUAGUUUCUUUAGUUUACAUGAAUAUAUCUAAUAUAACUUUAUAAAAUGCGUUUGAGAAGUGGUCAUCGUACUGUAGUGUCUGAUGGCGUUAACCAGGAACCGCCAACUGAUAAACAAUUACCAAUCGGCAGCAAUUUUAAAUACCAAAGUUUGCGUCUGCCACGGUUUUUGAAAUACGUAGCAAUUGGACUUGUUGGUGUAUACAUUUCAGUACCAGCAGUUUUACACUACCUACCAUUUGUUUCACGAGAGCUAAUUUUUUUAAGUUCAGUUCAUUACCCCUUCAUUUUGGACUUUAAUCAGCCUUCCAAGUACAACAUUGAAGGAGUUCAUAAUUUCAAAUUAACUUCAACUGAUGAUGUUCAGAUUGGAGUCUGGCAAGUGCUUCCUGCAAGUCUUCGCGGCAAGGGCAUAACAGGUUACAACCAGUUUAGUGAUGUACUUGGGGAUCACAGGUCCAUUGUCAUAUAUCUCCAUGGAAACUCAGGGACAAGAGCUUCAUAUCACAGGGUUUUGCUGUAUAAAAUUCUAUCUGAUCUGAAUCAUCAUGUUAUUGCAAUAGAUUAUAGAGGUUAUGGCGAUUCAACAGGAACAGCAUCAGCAGAGGGGGUAAUAGCAGAUGCACUAACAUCCUGGGACUGGGUCAAGCAAAGGUGUGGAAAUUCAAAGGUGUAUAUUUGGGGUCAUUCUCUGGGAACAGCUGUUGCAUCAGCAUUAGCAAAGCAACUUUGUCUAGAAGGGAGUUGUCCUACUGGUUUGAUUCUUGAGUCGCCUUUCAACAGCUUACAUGAUGCUGCCCUCAACCAUCCACUUGCAUUGCCAUGGCGCAUCUUCCCUUAUUUUGAUACUUUGUUUACUCAACCUUUUAUGCCAAUGUCUCAACACUUCCAAAGUAACAGAAAUUUACAACAUGUGAAGUGUCCAAUCCACAUUUUACAUGCUGAAGAUGAUUUAAUUGUACCACACAAGCUGGGUAAAGUGUUGUAUAAUGAUGUCAAAGCUACUGGAUCGUCUGAGCUGGUGAAGUUCCACACAUUUGAUGGCAAGAUGGGUCAUGGCCAUAAGUAUAUAUGUGAGGCAGAACACUUCAAGGAUUUACUUAAAACAUUCCUCAAGUAAAGGCAUUCGAUUUCUAACAGCAGUCUUUCAACAGAAUGAAUUUUGUAUUCUUGAAUAAGCUUUGUUUUAGGCCAAGCAAGACUUUUGUAUACCUUGUUUAGCGGAAUUCACAAUAAUGAUGAUUUCAAAUAAAAAUAUAAUUUUAUUUUUGGCUAAUUAGCUUUAUUACGCCCACCGCUGCCUUGAAAUCUCUAAAAAUAUGUACAGUAUAUAUAAAAGCAUUUAAACAUCCCAUUACCACACUGUUUACCUUUAACAAUAACAUUUUAUUUUUAUUUUCUCCUCUGUCUGGAUGUUUUUGGCAAAACCAUAUUAUGAUAAAUAAGUAAACAACAUUUUAAUACCCUUCUUUGAUGAUCUUUAAAAAACAUAAGUUUGCGAAACAAGGUAUAAAAAAAGUCUCGCCUCACUGAUUAACAUAAAUAUUUGGUCUUGGCACCUAGAGUUUAUGACACUACUGUAUAAAUAUGCAGGCCUCUUCCCUCUGAAUAACUUCUUAAUGUAUGAAUAUUCCAUACAUUUUCAUGUGACAAAUUUGUGUGAUGUACCCAUAUAUGGCAUGAUGAUGUCAUAUUACACCCUAAUACGGGCAUGUCACAGUUAUUUGUCAUAAAAUCUGAUAGUGUGGACAAAGCUAAAGACAUUGUACAAUAUAAAUAAAAAAUGAAGUGUGUAUUUUUAUUUAAAUUAAUUAAUUAAUGCUGUCUUUUGAUAUUUGUUAUUACACAUUCUUAUAAGGAGACCCUGGUCCUGAUAAAAGAUUAACAUCAUGGGCCCCCUUAAGGUCUGGGCCUGGGAUUUAUUAAUCUCAGCUUAGCAAAUGUCUUAUGUCAAAAAAGUUUAGAAGUCCCUAAGCAAAUAUCUGAUUUAUCAAACCAUCUUAGCAAAAUCUUAGCUAAAAAAUUGUCUUAGAUGGUUCAUGCGUAUAAUCGAUUUUUUAAUUUUAAGCAAUUUUUAAGUUAAAGCAUUAGUGAUAAAUUUUACUUAAACAAAAAAAUUGACUUAGGCUGAUUUCUAGUUUGAUAAAUCCGGCCCCAGAGCUUGUGUGUGUUAGUGUGUUUAUUAAUGUAGUAAAACACCAUUGAAUGGUGUAUUUACUUCAAUUUUAAUAAGAGUAAAAUAAUGAUAUUGAUGAUAUUUAAUUAAUUUUCUUACUAAACUUAUUCUUCACCAAUGUGUUGGUCUAACUGGAUUUGUUAAGGAAACAUAAUGAAAUGAAAGCAUGUUAUUAUAAUAUUGUAAUAUAAGUUUAAACAUACUAAAUGCUUAUCUGGGUGUUUACUUGUGUGUACGAGUGUGUGGGUAUGUAUCUGUGUGCGUGUCAAAUAAUAUGUGCUAUAAAUUUAACAAAGUUGGAUAUUAUUAAUUGCCUUACAAGUAACAUUUUACUUUAGUUAUCCUUAUUUUGUUUUUAGAAUUCUGGCUCCCAUGCAAUAUAAUUAACUAAUUAUUGAUUAUAAGUUCUUAUCAUACAGGAAUUAACAAUAUAAAAAUAAACAUUUUUUAAUAGAUAUUUAUUCACAAAAAAAAGAGACAAAUAUUUCUGGGAUUGUUUAUAUUGCCAAGAAAAAAGAAUUUUUGGAUCACUUACAAAACAAUUAUGUUUAUUAAGGCACCAGAAAUUUGGCCAAUAAAAAUAUUAAAUGAUGUUGCAAUACUGUAAAAACCAUAAUUGAUGGUGCUCUUAAAAUUCAUUUUUCUAGGAAUUAGGUAUGUCUGCAUUUUGAGUAACAACACAGGCUUUAAAAUUUAGCCUGGACAAAAUUAAAAUUAGUAUUCAUAUCAAUGUAAAAUAUAAUAAUGUAAAGCUUUAACAUGAGUAUUUAAACAAAAUAGAAAAUUGAGUGAAACGAAAUAUGUAAAUACAGUAUUGUUUAAAAAAACCUGAAAAUUGCAUAUGAUUAAUGAUGCUGCUAUAAACAAUGCAAAGUAAAUUUAUAAUAAUAUUAUAGUGGUGGAUAUACAAUGCAAUAUAAAGUGAGAUGAUUUAACCCAGAACACAUGAAAUUCCCUUUCAACAAAUAUUUAAGAGAGAAUAAUGUAUCUUUUAGCAAUUUACAUUUAACAAUUCAAUUCAAAUCACAUUUAUUUCUUUCUAUAAAUUAUUCAUUAUCAUAUUGUUCAGAAAGAAACAAGAAAGAGACAAAUGCACUAGAAGUAACAUCAACUGGAUGACUCCAAUUGUAUUAAUAAUAAAGGGUGGUUCACACCAGCAUGAUAUAUUUGCAUUA